AUGGGCUCCAACGCGCGCCCCCACGCGGUGCUCAUCCCGUACCCAGCGCAGGGCCACGUCACGCCGCUGCUGCAGCUCGCCAAGGUGCUGCACUCGAGGGGCUUCUUCGUCACCUACGUCAACACCGAGUACAACCACCGCCGCCUGCUCCGGUCCCGUGGCGCGGACGCGCUGGAUGGCCUCGACGACUUCCGGUUCGAGACCAUCCCGGACGGCCUGCCUCCGUCCGGCAACGACGACGACGUCACGCAGGACAUCCCCACGCUCUGCGAGUCGCUUCUCCGGAACGGCGCCGCGCCGUUUAGGGACCUCCUGACGAGGCUCAACGGCAUGCCCGGCCGGCCGCCGGUCACCUGCGUCGUACUGGACAACUUCAUGAGCUUCGCGCAGAGGGUGGCCAACGAGAUGGGCAUCCUCGCCGUCGUGUUCUGCACCAUGAGCGCGUGUGGCUUCAUGGGGUACCUCCACUACAAGGAGCUCAUGGACAGAGGCUACGUGCCACUCAAAGAUGAGAGCUACCUGACCAACGGGUACCUGGACACGGUGCUCGACUGGGUGCCCGGGAUGCCGGGCAUCCGUCUGCGAGACAUGCCCAGCUUCAUCCGCACGACGGACCCGGACGACUUCAUGGUGCACUUCGACAGCAACGAGGCCCAGAACGCGCACCGCUCGCAGGGGAUGAUCAUCAACACGUUCGACGCGCUGGAGCAGGACGUCGUCGACGCGCUGCGCCGCAUCUUCCCUCGCGUGUACACCAUCGGCCCGCUCCUCACGUUCGCCGGCACCAUGGCCCGUCCCGACGCGGCUGCGAUCUGCGGCAGCCUCUGGAAGGAGGACCUGAGCUGCCUCCAGUGGCUGGACGCCCGGGGAGGGGACGGCUCGGUCGUGUACGUCAACUUCGGCAGCAUCACGGUCAUGACGCCGGCUCAGCUCGCCGAGUUCGCGUGGGGCCUGGCGCGCUGCGGCAGGUCGUUCCUGUGGGUUAUCAGGCCGGACCUCGUCACCGGCGACAAGGCUAUGCUGCCGGAGGAGUUCUACGCUGAGACGAGAGAUAGAGGGCUCUUCCUCAGCUGGUGCCCGCAGGAACAGGUCCUGUCGCAUCCGUCCACCGGGCUGUUCCUGACGCACUCUGGGUGGAACUCGACGCUGGAGAGCAUACGCGCAGGCGUGCCGAUGAUCUGCUGGCCGUUCUUCGCCGAGCAGAUGACCAACUGCCGAUAUGCCUGCACCAACUGGGAAAUUGGACUGGAGAUUGACAACAAUGUCACGAGGGCGGAGGUGGCACGGCUCAUAAAAGAAGCCAUGGACGGUGACAAAGGCAAAGACAUGAAGGCCAAAGCAACAAUGUGGAAGGAGAAGGCCGUGGCGGCGACAGAUGGCGGCGGGACCUCGAGCGUCAACAUUGAUCGUUUGGUCGAAUUCCUGCUUGAAGGAAAUGUUCCUGCAGCUGCAAGCUAA